AUGUCGCUUGCCGCCAUCGUCAACCGAACGUUCGAGGUGCCAUGGGUCAAACGCAUGAUGAUGCCUUUUGCCCAAUGGUAUACCGGCGCCGCUGGAUACAGACAGAUGGGACUCAGCGGCAUUCUUCUAGCCCUUCAUGCGAGCCGGCUGACUGACUGCGUGCGGGCUGUGCUUGACAGAUAUGAUGAUUUGAUUCCUGAGGAAAACGACGUUGUCCAAACAGCGCUGAAAAGACUUCCACCAAAGGAGGCUUAUGACCGCAUUUACCGCCUUCGCCGCGCGUUCCAGGUGCGUUGUAUCCAUGAGAUUCCUGAAAUCCGAUGUGUGAGGGGAAGGCAGCAAGGGUAUCAAGACAUAAUCGGACUAAUGGGAGUGAUAUAUCCAACAGCUUUCUUUGCAACAGCAAAUACUGCCUGUGAGCGAGCAAACCAAAGCAAAGGAGGUGAGCAAACCCGCUUUCCUAAACAGGUGUGGUCAUGUGGCCGGCUGCUGACGCUGUAUCUUACAAUGCAGGACAUCCGCUAUCUGCAACCCCUGAUUGAUGAAGUUGAGCGUGAGCGCAAGGAGCGUGAUGAUCUGGACUCCUUGGUUCUCAAGAGAUAG